GACAGAGAGAGUGGUGACAGACAGAGAGAGUGGUGAGAGACAGAGAGAUAGGUGAGAUAGAGGGAGACGAGAGGCAGGGGUGAGAGACACAUAGAGGAGGGAGACGUGGGACAUAUCAGGUGGUUUAGGGUGCUUCAAGACACUCAGCAUCCGACUCUGUCACUGCGCUUCGUGGCUGCGUUGGGCUCUUACCCCUCCACAAACUGGCACUGACCAGCGUGGUGAAGUAUGGUCAAGCAACACCUAACGUGACGUGGCUGGAUGAGGUUACUGUCCUCCUAUAACGCGAGAUGAUAACUACCUCGUCUGGGAUACAAGAGGUCGUGGGAUCAAGCCCGACACUGACGCCUGCUACUGUAUAUUCGGAGUUUGCGGUGUCUCUCUCCUGACCAGGGGCCACAACCGGUCCCUUCUAGCGACAUACUUCUCGCCGCCACUGCUGGCAGAAGGGGUUUCCACUCGAUCGAGCCCUCAAGAGCCCCUCUAGGAGGGCACUUGGCCUACUCUUGCACGCUGGCCAGGCGUCUCGGAAGAGCUCCCACCGUGCAAAUCGAAGGUUGCGAUGGAGGACUCCCCGCCGCCGUGGGUCAUCCUCUCCAUCAUGCUGCCUAUCUUCGGGCUCAUCAUGCUGCUCGGGCUGCUGGGCAACUCGGCGCUCAUCCGAUACGUGCUGACGCAGAAGCCUCGCCAAGGCAACGCAUCGGACGUGCACCUGGUGAGCAUGGCGAUCGGCGACCUGAUGGUGCUGGUCACCUGCGUACCGUCGGGUGCCAUCUCCUUCUUCUACGACUCGUGGAUGUUCGGGAGGCUCGGCUGCAAGCUGCUGCCCUUCCUGCAGCUCACGUCCCUGGGGAUCUCCGUAUUCACGCUGGUGGCCCUCAGCGCCGACAGGUACAGAGCCAUCGUGAGGCCCAUGGACGAACCGCGUCACGGCCGCUUCAGCUCGACGUGGUUCACCGUGCUGUGCAUCUGGCUGGGCUCCAUCGCCCUCGCCACGCCAGACAGCGUCCUGGCCGACGUCGUGCCCCUCCCCUUCACGCUGCUCGCGCUGAACGCCUCCUCCAACACCACCGUGGCGGUCACCACCACCAGCAUGGUGUGCGUGCCCUUCCCGCACAACGGCACGGCGGCGAUGCGCGCCCACGCCGUGGCGGUGUCGUGCGUGUACUUCGUGGCGCCGCUCACGCUCAUCACCGUCUUCUACUGCUUCAUCUCGGCCGAGCUGCUCGGCUCGGCCGGUAGAGUUCCCGGCAACAAUGCGGCGAGGCAGGUGAGCAGCCGCCGUCGGCUCGCUAAGACGGUGCUGCUGCUGGUGGCUCUCUUCGCCCUCUGCUCGCUGCCCAACCACGCGCUGCAGCUCUACCGCGUGUUCCGCGAUCAGUCGCAGCCGGACCUCUCCCCGACGCACAAGGCGUUCUUCCUGCUGUCCCGCGCGCUCAUCUUCGCCAACUCGUGCGUCAACCCGCUGGCGCUCUGCGCCGUCUCCAGCGGUUUCCGCGGCCACCUGCGCCAGACGCUGUGCGAGCGGCCCGCCGCGCGGCCUCCGCUUCUCGCCUGCUGCGAGCGAGGAGGACCCGCGCCCCUGCGGCGGGGUCACAGCGCGACGCUCGGCACCUCGUCCAGGGUCACGGGGUCGACGCGGCUCACGAUGCAGAGCGUCAACGCGGUGGGCGGAGGGCACGGGCACGCCAAGGCGUACGGCCCCGCCGCCGGCAUUGACGUGGACACUUAAGAGGGCCGGAGGAGGCGUCGUUGCUUUGGACUUGAUGUGCUUCUGGUUAUCGGGGGGCGGGUGCAAGGAGGGACCAGUGAAGCGAGUUGCUUCGGGUCCGCUGCGUUUGCGAGCGCAUGUCACCGCCAGUGUGCAAUAGAGCAAGCCGUGCUCCUGAUGGAUGAUCACGAGUCGCCUUGGCUGUGUGAUCGUGCUGAAUUCAUUAUCAUUCCCGAAGCGCUCUCUCGCACGCACACGUAUCUGCUGCAGCUGGUUUUUGUCGUAUUUAGUUUGUUGUCCGUCCCCCGCACCUCCGAUUCGCACGGUUUGGCUACGCACGGUGCGAAAGAAGUUCAACAUACAGACGUACGCGCACGUGUGGAUACGUAAGAGGCAGGAACUGCAGCGGAUUCCCUUGUAUAAGAGGGCAAGACAUAUUGGUGUGGCUGCUUUAAAAGAUUCCGCUGUACGAUCGUGCCGAUCUCAAAGUUGUUCUUAAGCACCGGACAAAUGUACACACGCACAUUUAUGUUUUAUUUUAUCUUGGCACAAGUAUAACUAAUUGGGGAAUAGAUGCUCAUUGUCGAUGGGAAUCUGGUUACAUAUUAAAAACUUGAUUACAGCAGCAACAACAAAACAUGAACAAAAUAAUCCCAAAACGACUGCACGUGGUCACAUUCCGAAUGGCACGGUCGUGCGUCAACAUCACGGUAGAACCCGCACACAAAAAA